AUGGAGUUGCUCUGGCUGCGGAUACACGCUUUGGGCUCUCUGAUGUUAGCGGAAGUCUUAUGGACUCUGCCCAUCGAUCAGGAUCAGUGGCCGAGGCCUCAGGACGUGGAGCUGGCUGAGGGCUACCUCACGAGGUUUUACAGCCUGAACCCCGGAGGCAGAGUGUCGGGAAGAAGGAUCAGGUCCACGUCAGCCAUGGAGGACAAGACCAGGGAAAUGCAAAACUUCUUUGGUCUGAGAGAAACAGGUCGCCUGGACCUUCACACCCUGGAUGUGAUGAGGCAGCCUCGGUGUGGAGUUCCAGAUGUGGAAAACUUCAGCUUUUACCCUGAAAAGCCUAAAUGGAAGAACCACACCAUCACAUACACGAUUGCCAAAUACACUCCGGACAUGAAGAGAGAGGAUGUAGAAAAGUCCUUUCGUUCAGCCCUGAAGAUGUGGAGUGAUGCAGCACCGCUGAUGUUCAUCAAAGUCAACCAUGGCAAAGCUGAUAUAGUCUUCUCCUUUGCCCGCAGAUCUCAUGGAGAUUUCUUUCCCUUUGAUGGACCCCGGGGUGUGCUGGCUCAUGCCUUUCAGCCCGGAGACGGGAUAGGAGGAGACGUGCAUUUUGAUGAGGAUGAAACAUGGACGGCGGGGAGGCAAGGUUACAGCCUGUUCGCUGUUGCAGCUCAUGAGCUCGGUCACUCACUGGGUUUGACUCACUCAAAAGACCCCGCUGCCAUCAUGUACCCCAAUUACAGAUAUCACAGCGGGACACAGCACUCUCUAUCCAAAGAUGAUUUGCUUGGGAUCCAAACGCUGUACGGUGAGGAGCACAAAGAAACACAAGCCGCCCCCAUAAAGUGUGACCCCUUCUUUUCUUUUGAUGCAGCAGUCAUGAUUAGAAAUGAGAUCGUUUUCUUUAAGAACAGGUACAUGUGGAUGAGAACAACACAGACAACCUAUUGGAAUCGCCUGCGAGAGAGCCACAGCAGCACAUAUUUACCCAGCAUCAGUUCUCACGUGGACGCCGCUUAUGACAUCCCUGCCAAAGGCGUGGCGUACAUAUUCACUGGUCAUAAGUACUGGGUGGUUCAACAACUUAAAAUGAAAAGUCGCGCCGGCUCCAUCCAUGAGUACGGCUUCUCCUCCAGAGUCAGGCAGGUUGACGCUGCCGUGCAUGUGAGCGAAUAUGGGAAGACAGUCUUCUUCACAGGAGAGGUUUAUUACAGGUACGAUGAGAGCAAGAGGAGGAUGGACCCCGGCUUCCCCCGACUCAUCCAAACAGACUGGCCUGGAAUCCCGAGAAGGGUCGACGCCGCCUUUAAAUUAGACGGUAACAUCUUCCUCUUCAGUGGGACAAAGUCCUACCAGUAUGACUUCAGACAAAAACGGCUGCUGGGUUGUUUAGCCCUGUGUCACGCAGCACCUACCAUUGCUCCAACUGUUUCACCAGAGGAGGAAGACUUGGCAGAGGGAUACCUUUCUCGGUUCUACACUGAUGUUGGGAUGACAAACUCUUCACUGCGAAGAAUGUCUAAGAGCUCCAUCGACCAGGAUCUACUGUCCAUGCAGGCGUUCUUUGGCCUGGAGGUGACUGGUGUCUUGAAUAACGAGACUGUGGAGGUGAUGAAGGCGCCCAGGUGUGGAGUGUCUGACAUCAGCCGAUAUGGACACUUUUCUGGAAAACCCAAAUGGGAGAAAAGGCUGAUUACAUACAAGAUCACUCAAUACACUCCAGAUCUGACCCAGAGUCAGGUGGAUGCAACCAUUGGUAAAGCCUUCCAGCUCUACAGUGACGUCAUCCCGCUGGACUUUAAACAGGUCACCAGCGGUACAGCGGACAUCUUGAUCAUCUUCAAGGGAGGAUAUCACGGGGACUUUUACCCUUUUGAUGGGGCGGGUGGAGUCUUGGCUCAUGCUAACUCUCCUGGACGGGAUCAGGGAGGGGACACACACUUUGACGAUGAUGAAACCUGGACUCUAACCCAAAGAGGUGUGAAUCUUCUGCUGGUGGCGGCCCAUGAGUUUGGCCACGCUCUUGGCCUGGAUCACUCCAAGGACAGACGUGCACUAAUGUACCCCACUUAUCGAUACGUCAACACAAACAGAUACAGGCUGCCAGAUGAUGACACGCGUGGAGUUCAAGCCCUUUAUGGCAGCCGUACACCAGUGCCUACAACAGAACCAAAACCUAAACCACCUCCUGGCCCGGACCCUGAACCAGAGCCAGAGGAUCCGACAGAGGAUCCAAACCCAGACCCGCUGCCCAACCCCCGGGAUGAGCAGUGCAGCCGCGAGCUGGUGUUUGACGCUGCUACCUCCAUGAGGGGAGACCUGUUCUUCUUCAAAAAUGGAUACUAUUGGAGGAAGAGUUCAAAUGUCAGAAGAAUCCGUUUAACGAAAGUGAGCACUAAAUGGCCACGAAUCAACUAUGUCGACGCUGCCUUUGAAGUCCCGUACAAGUCUGUGGUGUAUCUGUUUGAAGGUCGUCAAUACUGGGGCAUUAGGGCUUUGUCAAAGACAAUCCUGCCAGGCUAUCCAAAGUCUCUGACCAACGUCGGCCUACCCUCCUCAGUCAGUAAGGUCGAUGCAGCCGUCUAUGUGCCAAGCACUGGAAAAAUACUCAUUUUUGUGAACAGCCAGUAUUGGAGCUAUGAUGAGAGCACAGACCAAAUGGACCGCGGAUACCCACGAUCCAUCACUCAGGAUUUCCCUGGCAUAGGCUCCAAAGUUGAUGCAGCUUUUGAGAAUUAUGGAUAUCUAUAUUUCUCAGAUGGCCCGAGACAGAGCGAAUACAACCUGCAGUACAAGACAGUGGUACGUGUACUGCUCAACUAUGGCUGGCUCAACUGUUACUGAGAGCUCGCAGACAC